AUUCAGCUUAGCCAUAGUGGCAAACAUAGAAUUGGUUGGGAGGAGAGAGAAGUGCCUCCUUAGGAGGAAAGACAAAAGCAGCCUUCCGAUUCAGUGAGGAACCGUUUUUCAUGAAAAAAGGAGAGAGGGCAGGAUAUUCAAGAUCCCAGCCCAGAAAAGCCGUCAGUAGAAGUGAGCCAGGAAUAAGAAGUGUGAGACAAGAGGGUAAGAAAAGCCCUGGGAAUCGGCGUACCAGACAGGAAAGCAAUGGAAGGCAAUGGACAAAUAGCUGGCAAGGCCAGAAUGUUGAGCUCUAUUCGGAGAGUGACUGGAGGCCUUCGAAGCCUUCGAGACGCCUUCGUCUGAAAUGAUGACCGAGGACUUCUGCAGGGCUGGCGCCGCUGGGAGAUGCAUGAGCAGCGGCAUUUCACCUGGAGUCCACGACAUUCUUUGCGAGCUCCGAAGGCCAAUGAGAUCUUGGAAGUCUUCCUGCGGCGUGAGCACUGCGACGGUCGCUCCGUGACUUCCUGGUCGAUCCCACGUCGCGUGCUGCCGCGCCGGGCAGUGGUCACGGCACCAGGGCGGCCGUUUUGGCAAGAGCCUGGCACUCUGAGAUGCUUCACCUUUGAUGGGCCUGGAGGAGUGCUGAAGUAUUGUUUGUAUGUGCCAAAAUUGGAUGAUCUUUCUGAAGCGUCUUUAGUGCUUUUCCUCCACUCGAUGCACGGCAAGCUGGAGGGUGACAACAACCUCUUCUUUGAAUCCGAUACUCCCCUCCGGGUACUACUGGAUGAGGAUCCCCGAUGCCCUUCCUCGCUGCGCGAGCGGUGUGUCUUGCUGGUGCCUCAGUGUCCGGUGGACCGAGAACGAGGUGAUGGCGCGGGCAUUUGGCUCCGGAAAGGAUGGUACGAGGAGUCCAGGUAUGAUGAGAAGGUGGAGGCUUCAUUGAUGGCUUUGGUGGAGAUGGUUCGUGCCCAGUAUGGGCUCUCACGCGCUCCGAGCCUUUGCGGCUCCUCCAUGGGCGCCUACGGGGCCCUGGAGCUGACCAGCCGCAACCCGAAUGUCUUUGGUGCGGUGGCGCUCAUCGCAGCCCAUUACGACUUGGAUCCCUUGGAGCCAUUGGUCCAAAGAUUGACGGAGCCUCAAGCAGUGCCGCUGUGGUUCAUUCACGCCGAAAAUGACAAUGUUUGCCCCUACAGCGACAUGGAAGAGCUGGUACAUCUCUUGAGAGUCCAUGCCCGCGCUGAAGUACAUUUGACCAGCUUCGAGGACACUUGGAGCAGCCAGGGUCACUGCGCAGAUUGUGUGGCUUUCUGGGCUCAGAGUGUUGUCCCAGGCGCUCCAGCUUUGGGCGAGGAGCUUUUCACUUGGCUGGCGACGGCAGGAGCAUGAUGCGCCGGAGAAACAUGAUUUGAAAAAUGGCUUUGGACGUAUCGCUGUAUAUAGUAUCCUAGUGGAGCACGUGGCAAGUGAGCAGCUGCAUCUGUCUUGGUGUGGUUGAUGCCAUUGGAACCAAAGUUAUCCUGUUUCAAGUGACGG